AUGAAGAAGCUGCUAAUGAAAAGUCUGUUUAGAGUCUCACUGCUUUUUGCGUAUGCCUUAUUUGGAGGAGGCCUUUUCUACUGCAUUGAGAAAAAGCCCGAAGACAAUAGGGAUGUUUAUUUAAGACUCUCUCGAGAGCUGCAAACAAACUUUACAAACAGCUUCAAUGUUUCCAUAAAGGAGAACAAUUUUAAAAGUUUCAUCCAUAGAGCUUUCGAAGUGGUCCAAGUUGGUCAUAAGGCGGAUUGGAGCUUCCUUAGUUCCCUCAGCUUUUCGCUGACAACGUUGGCGACUGUUGGUUAUGGCCACAUUACACCAGAGACUCCACUUGGACAAAUCGUCACUGUUUUAUACACCUUUCUUGGUGUUCCUCUGACGAUGCUAACUCUGAAAACAAUGGGAAAAAUGAUUUCCAAACUGGUUUAUGACUUCGUUUACGUAAUCGAGACAAAGGUACUCAGCAGGACACGACCUCAAAACGUUAAGAAGAAGAGUGUUUUUGUGACACUUGCCCUCAUGAUUCUGACCGUUUGUCUCGGUGGAUUAGAAGGAAUGUACGUGGAAG